CAAAAGUCAAAAGAGUAUAUUAUCAUUAUUUAUAUUGAUUGGCUGAGAGUGGUUAUAUAUAGCUCUCUUGAUUCAACCCUAUUCCGUCGGCUCAACUGCAAAUUCACGCAACACAGAUUCUCCAUCUUCAUCUUCUUCAACAACAAUGACUCGCGGUAAUCAAAGGGAGAAAGAUCGCGAAAGAGCUCAGGCUCGUACCGGUGGUAAAGCCAAGAACAAAGAUGAUGGGUUGACUCCUGAACAACGCCGUGAAAGGGAUGGAAAGGCCCUUCAAGAGAAGGCCGCCAAGAAAGCAGCACAGGCGGCAGCGAGUGGCGGUAAUGCCGGAGGUAAUAAAAGCACCAAGAAAUAACACAACUUCUUAAUGGUUUAUUUGAGCGACUGAAUCGUAUGGGUAAGUUCGAGUUUCACAUUGCUUUGAGAUUAUCAAAAGAUCUAUAAAGAUAUCAUACAUUUGGUUUGUACUCUAACUAUACUGUGCUCUAUUUAUUUAAGAAACAAUCUUUUGGUUU